UUGACCCGGAAGUACCGCUGUUAUACUCGAUUCUAAUCGGAGCGGCUCCAUGGAGGGGGUUCCUGGACAGGUCUCUGAUCCUCUGUCUCCAGAAGUGAUUGCCUUUCUGCAGCAACACCCAGCGCUGCAGCCUGGCCCCAACAACCGAGUUAAAUGUUCUCUGACUGGGCAUGAGUUGCCAUGCCGACUGGCAGAUCUACAGACCUACACCAAAGGCAAGAAGUACCAACGCCUAGCAAUGAAGGAGCCAUUUAAUUUCAGUCAGUUUGAGCCACACAUUGUCCCCAGCACAAAAAACCAGCAUCAGCUGUUCUGCAAGUUGACAAUUCGCCACAUUAACAAGAUUCCACAGCAUGUUCUUCACCAUGUGAAUGGGAAACGCUACCAGAAAGCACUGAAGAAAUUUAACGAGUGUGCUGCUCUCGGGGUGCCCUUUGUACCAGCAUGUCUCUCUCAGAAGAGAAAACAGGAUCGAGAAUCUAAAAGGGAGGAGUCUUGUCACAAUCGGAAGGAAUUCUGGGAGCCUGACGAGAGUGAAGGAAGUGAGAGUGAUGAUUCAAGUGACAGUAUGAGUGAUUUGUACCCAGAACACAUCUUUCACAGAAAAGAUGACACAAAGGCAGAGGUGUUCCCGAACAAAGAGCAUAGCAAUGGUGAGAAAAUGGAGGUUGAGGUAGCGUCACCAAUGAAACGGAAAAAGCCACAACCACAAACUUACAUGAAGAAGAAAUUGAAGAAAGGGGCCUCUCAAAGACCCAGCAGUCACAGCAAGUCGAAAACAUAACUGAAAGCUGGAAAUCAGAACGAACCCUGGGAAUAACUCAGCCACUUGGUUGCCUGGUACAAUGUGCUGAGUAUUUACUGUACAGUUUCAAUUUGUAUCUGUGUAGGGAGUAAAGCAUACCUGAAACAGUAAAGCUGUGAGCAUCUUUGAACCUCU